GCUCUGGCCACCCCGGACCUGGGCAGCAGCCUCAAGAAGAAGAAGCGGCUGUCCCAGUCGGAUGAGGACGUCAUUCGGCUCAUCGGGCAGCACCUGAACGGCCUGGGGCUCAACCAGACUGUUGAUCUCCUCAUGCAAGAGUCAGGAUGUCGUUUAGAACAUCCUUCUGCCACCAAAUUCCGAAAUCAUGUCAUGGAAGGAGACUGGGAUAAGGCAGAAAAUGACCUGAAUGAACUAAAGCCUUUAGUGCAUUCUCCUCAUGCUAUUGUGGUAAGAGGCGCACUUGAAAUCUCUCAAACGUUGUUGGGAAUAAUUGUGAGGAUGAAGUUCUUGCUGCUGCAGCAGAAGUACCUGGAAUACCUGGAGGAUGGCAAGGUCCUGGAGGCACUUCAAGUUCUACGCUGUGAAUUGACGCCACUGAAAUACAAUACAGAGCGCAUUCAUGUUCUUAGUGGGUAUCUGAUGUGUAGCCAUGCAGAAGACCUACGUGCAAAAGCAGAAUGGGAAGGCAAAGGAACAGCUUCCCGCUCGAAACUGUUGGACAAACUUCAAACAUAUUUACCACCAUCAGUGAUGCUUCCCCCACGGCGUUUACAGACUCUCCUGCGGCAGGCGGUGGAACUACAGAGGGAUCGGUGCCUAUAUCACAAUACCAAACUUGAUAAUAAUCUAGAUUCUGUGUCUCUGCUUAUAGAUCAUGUUUGUAGCAGGAGGCAGUUCCCAUGUUAUACUCAGCAGAUCCUUACGGAGCAUUGUAAUGAAGUGUGGUUCUGUAAAUUCUCUAACGAUGGCACUAAACUAGCAACAGGAUCAAAAGAUACAACAGUUAUCAUAUGGCAAGUUGAUCCGGACACACACCUGUUAAAACUGCUUAAAACAUUAGAAGGACAUGCUUAUGGCGUUUCUUAUAUUGCAUGGAGUCCAGAUGACAACUAUCUUGUUGCUUGUGGCCCAGAUGACUGCUCUGAGCUUUGGCUUUGGAAUGUACAAACGGGAGAGCUAAGGACAAAAAUGAGCCAAUCACAUGAAGACAGUUUAACAAGUGUGGCUUGGAAUCCAGAUGGGAAACGCUUUGUCACUGGAGGUCAGCGUGGGCAGUUCUAUCAGUGUGACUUAGAUGGCAAUCUCCUUGACUCCUGGGAAGGUGUGAGAGUGCAAUGCCUUUGGUGCUUGAGUGACGGGAAGACUGUUCUGGCAUCAGAUACACACCAGCGAAUUCGAGGAUAUAACUUCGAGGACCUUACAGAUAGGAACAUAGUACAAGAAGAUCAUCCCAUUAUGUCUUUUACUAUUUCAAAGAAUGGCCGAUUAGCUUUGUUAAAUGUAGCAACUCAGGGAGUUCAUUUAUGGGACUUACAAGACAGAGUUUUAGUAAGAAAGUAUCAAGGUGUUACACAAGGGUUUUAUACAAUUCAUUCAUGUUUUGGAGGCCAUAAUGAAGACUUCAUCGCUAGUGGCAGUGAAGAUCACAAGGUUUACAUCUGGCACAAACGUAGUGAACUGCCCAUUGCGGAGCUGACAGGGCACACACGUACAGUCAACUGUGUGAGCUGGAACCCACAGAUCCCAUCCAUGAUGGCCAGCGCCUCAGACGAUGGCACCGUUAGAAUAUGGGGACCAGCGCCUUUUCUAGACCACCAGAAUAUUGAAGAGGAAUGCAGUAGCAUGGAUAGUUGAUGGCGAAUUUGGAGCAGACGACUUCUGUUUAACUUAAAUUAGUCGUAUUUUAAUGGCUUGGGAUUUGGUGCAAACAAACAUGAUUGAUAGCUGGACAGACAUGCUCGUCAUGAAAAAAAGAACCAUUUCUGAAGCCCGAUUGGGGCCAAACAUUUACACCUUGCUUCAUAGUAACCAGUUGAGAUGAAGCGCGUCGUUAGAACGUUGUUGGACGCCAUGUUGAAUUCUCCCCCAUCGGUUGUGAAGAACUGUGCUACAUUCAGGCUUACCCAUUGAACUCAGUAUAUAUAUUUCCCCCCCUGCCUUUUGUCUGGGGGGAUACCAUUCUUGUUGCUCUUCUGUGUAAUGAAGUUUAAAAUGCUUGUUUGGAAACUUUAUUUAACAGUUUAGAAGGCUUGAUAGAAAGAGUGCAUUAGUCUGAAGAGUAUACAUUGGAUAGGAAAGAAUUUCCUCCUUUUGUUUCUCCAAAUCUUUCCGCCUUAUUUAGCUUGAGAUCUUUGCAGCUUGGUUCAUGGAUUCUAGCCUUGCCCGUUGCACAGUAUAUACAGAUCCAGAUGAUAAACCAGUGAACUAUGUCAAAAGCACUCUCAAUACUACAUUUGACAAAAAGUUUUGUACUUUUCACAUAGCUUGUUGCCCCGUAAAAGGGUUAACAGCACAAUUUUUUAAAAAAUAAAUUAAGAAGUAUUUAUAGGAUCAAAGUGACUUCCUUUGUAUACAUUUGGAAUCUAAACCAGCUUAAAAACAGGUUCCUCUGACUCAGAUGCGCAGUGCAACUGGCGCUCUUCGGGAAUGCCACCUGAGACAUGGUCAGAAGCAGUGUGGGAAGGACAUUACACAGGACAUUCAGAGUAAUAAUGCGAAGGUUUGCCCCCUUUUGUUUUAUUCCUGAAGUAACAUCAGUACCUGAUCUUGAAGAAAUUCAAGAUGUAAAAAGAAUGUUAAAUACAAUCAACAUGAGAGAUCAGUAGUCAGCUUAGGCUUUCGGCAAAGCUUGUUCCCAGUUGUUCUCAGCUUGGGAAAUGGUUUGGUGUGAUCUAGCAAGAGAGUAGACGUCAGCAGAUAAUAACCACUUUGGAAGUUUCUAGUAUAACAGCUCAUUAGAAGAAUUCAGCAGGUUACAAACAUAUUUAACCUGGGUUUAAAACCUCAUAGUCAUUUCUCUUAAUUGCCCUUAAUAUUUUGACAUGUAGGGAUACAUACAUUUACAGAAUCUUCCUUGUCCGUUUUUCAGAUAUUGCCAUACUGAACCUCAUUCUAAACUGGUGCUGUGGGUAGUCUGUCCCUCUCCCCUCCCCUUUUAGUGUAAGGAAAGGUUUCCUUCAUGGAAAAGCACUUUUAAUUUUGAGAAUUUCACAUUUAAAAUAAGCCAAAAGCCCGGUGUUCACAUUGUGCUUUUAAGUUCGUAACAGCUGAAUGCAACAUCCUUAGACUCCUUUGAAAUUCCCUCCCUUUUUCAGUAGAAGAUAAAUACAGUGACCACAGCUGUUACACUGGGAAGAGGAGUGGGAAGGCCCCCAAAAUAAGAUUCUGGUGAAGAAAACCUUGAACUAAGUUCCCCAUUUGGCCCAGCCAAGUCUAUAUUAUUACCAUGAGUAGACUCUAGAGGAUCCACAAAGAAGGGAAAAACUUGGAUGUCAGAAAUUCUUCCAUUGGGGCUGAGGGGUUGGGGAUGGCAGCAGAGAGAAACCGGAAAGUCGGGGAAGGGGAGAAGAAAGAAAAACACAAUUGGCCUUAAAAUAGCACGGAUUCUCCCAAAAGCUCUCCUAGUCAGAGAAAAUGACAAAUCGUGGUCAGCAGAUUAUUGUAUCAAAUUGGUAUGUAAAAGAUUUCUUUAAGCUCCAUUUUGCAGAGAUCAUUACUUAGAAUCAAGAAUUCCUGUUUUGAUACUUCUAAGUUAAGAUACUAUAUGUUACAGUUUAUCUGGUACUUCAUUUUUCUUAACUACAAUUACUUUUUACUUUAAGCUUGAAUAAAAAAUCUUCAUUGGUAACUGUAUAUAAUUAAGUGGCAACUUCUCUUUACCUCAGUACAGUUAAAUCCAUAUUUUAAGUGAUUCAUGUAUAUACCCUGAAGCCGUUAAUACACCCCAGUCUACAGUAACAUCACUAACAGGAAGCGGGCCUAGACACCCCACAGCUGUUUACAAACAGGGUCACGGUGUGUCCGGGAACAUGGUAACGCUCGCUGGGCAGUUAGGCCCUCAGCUUCUGCCCUCCUCCACCCAGCCGCCCCUAGGCCUGCGUUUUCAGAGUGCUUCUCAAGUCCAGUGGCAAACACUUUCAAACAGUGGAGUGAGCGUGUGAGGCACAUCUCGCAAUGACAUAACUCCCUUAAAACGGAGUCACAACUAUGCAAAGGUUUCUGCAGCAGCUAGCUAGGUGAGUGUGUUUUCCAGGUAUGUCUGAACUGGCCGCUUCCUACAUACACUGGUACUUUGCUGUGCCAAUUUGCUGUAAAUGUCUGUUUCCUGCAUUUGCCAUGCUGUGAUUGUGCUAGAAAGGUGAAAUAAAUGAAGAAGAAACCCAGGGACUUAGGGUACAAAGAGCCCAAGAGCAGGAUGGCCUACCCCUAGAUGUAACUGAAAACUAGUGUGGCAUAGGGUUAAGAGUGAGAAUAUAUGGGAGAAAACUAUCAAACCAGCCACAAGAUACUAACAAAUGUAGAAACUGAAAAGUACCAAUACUUUUUGCACAUAGAUCAAAAUAGAGUGGAGAAUUUUGGCUCCCAAAAAUCAGGUUAGUAGGCUCAUUUCCAUGUGCUUAAAAAUGUUUUUUGUUGUUGUUAUUCAUUGAUUAAGGGCUAGAGCAAGUAUGAAAUUAAAUGUCUUUUUCCUCCAAAUAAUUGGUUAUUAAUAGUACAGUGUUGGAUUUGGGGAUUACUGAGACGCGUGUGGGUGGUGGUAAAGAAUUAGGAGUGGAGAAUUGGGAGGGAUGACUACGCUUCAGUUUUGGUUUUUGUAGUUUAAUUACUAGAGUUCAUGCCAGCUACCUUUCUGUUACUCUUAUUGGCCAGGUAAAUGUGUUACAUAAAACCAGGUAAGUAGUUUAAACAGAGGAAAUUUUACUUGCAAAUGCCCCUGCAAAUUGGCCUAUUUUAGUGGGUGGGAGAACAGAAAGGGAUGACCUGACUUUAAAUAUAAACUAAGUAAUUAAAAUAACCUGCUAGUUGCAAAGGGGAAAAAAUCCAAUUUUGUAUUUUCUUAAUCUGAAAUCACACUAGUAGUAAUCUGGCGAUUUAUUGUUAGGAGUGUUCUCCCUCUAGAGUGGCAUUCCGUGACAUUAAUAGAAAACCCUUCUUUCCCACCCCUCCCCAUCUUGAAAUUCUCUUUUUUAGGAUGUUGGUUCCUGCACACAAGAACCUCUGCUCACAGUGGUAAAUAGAUGGUACAUCUCUUGAAAGGGACAUAUCCAUGUCAGUUUCUUUCACAGCAGAAGAUGGCUGCUUUUGAAUGGGGAGGAAAGAAGACAUUUUUCUUAAUAUCCUUUUGCCCCAUCUCUAAAAUGUAUACGCAUUUUGAUUUGGGUUUAAUUUCUCACUUAGACGUUAGCAUCUCUCUUUUGGGGUUGCUCUCCAAAAUAGUACUUCCAGUCAAAAACCAUGUUUGACUUAAUAUAAACAAACUUAAAGAGAGGUGAAUUUCAUUUUCACAUGGACACUUUCUAAAAACAGGGUGAACUUAAUUGAAGUUUUUCAAUGUUGUUAGGCUGUUGUUACAGUAGCUGCCCUAUAUAGUUGCAAAAACAAAACGAUAAAAACUCAUCCCCUAUCUACUUAAUCCAGAUAGCCUGGAUGUAAUGGAACUCAUAGUAUAAAAAUGUGUGUGUUGUGUGUCUGUGGAAGAGAGAGAGUAUUCAUAAAAGGCCUGGAAACGGCUGUUCUAGGCUCCUGUCAGUUUUACUAAAAGUCUUGUGCACAUGCGAAUGCCCUCUGAAUUGAAGGUUUGGUUAAUACUGGUAUAUUUUUAUAAGACUGAUACGGUAUCCCCAUCUUUGAACUUAAACAUUUUCAUUAUCAGGGUCAAUGUGCUAAAACUGAAUCGUAACAUUUUUAGGCACAGAUGGAAAAAAAUGUUAUUGGCUCCUUGAAAAUGGAGUGGGUGUGUGGCGAGGGGACUAGAUCCACAAGAGCAUGUAUGUCCUUACAAACCAAGCUGGAGAGAUCAAGAAAAGAACUUGUGUUGAUCUCAAGAUUUCUAAAUUGUCAAGAUUUACAUGGCAUUGUGGUGGAACUAGUUAACAUUAGAGCUUUUGGUAUGUAAUAACUACUUGCUAUGGACUGAUUAAAUGUUUCAAAGGAUUGUGUUCUUAAAUUUGGGGGGGUAUUGUUUUUUGUUGGUUUGUGUUGUUUUUUUAACUGCCUCUCAAAUUAUAUUUAGUACUUUAAAUUUCUUUGCUUUAUUAUUUCAUUAAAGCAUAAAAAACUUCA